AUGUCGGUCACGGAGCAACAGCUCGGCGAGCUCGAGCUUCUCUCGCAAUCGCAGCUGAAGCUGAACCAGCUCACGGGAAGAAUCACGGCCAUCCUUUCCUCAUUCGACGGCCGCCUGCGCGGCCUGGAGAGCAGCAUCGUCCCAUUGCAUCGCAGCACUCAGCGCUUGCUCAGAGCGGAGGUCAAUAUCGACCGUACGCUCGCUGCACUUGAGCGGACGGAAACGCAGCAGGCUUCAAUUGCGGACUUGGAACCGAUUAUCCGCACCGGGCCGUCUGCAGAUAAUGUCCCGGCCUACCUCGAAGUCCUCGAUGAGAUCAAGAUCACAUACUCUUACGUCGAAUCCACCGGCAACAAUGCCAGUGGCCGGAGAAUUCAAGAGCUGAUGGCCGUUGGCGCGGACAGACUCUCUAACUUAUUGAAAAGUUGGGUGGAAGCCGAGAGCGAACCUAUCGAUCCAAGAGAGCACUUACAAAGAGGCAUGCAAAUACCUGCCUUUUCGGACGUUCUGCUUAAGGCCAUCAUCCCGAUCUUGAACUAUUUGGCCGGCAUGCGCUCCGGUGGGUAUUACCUCACGGGUGCUUUGAACGCAUACAUCAGCGCUCGCUCCGCCUUUGUCGUCUCUUCUCUGUCAAUGGUCCACACUGAGGUUCUGGACUUUGUCGAGACGAGGGCAUCAGGCUCCGUUGCGCGCGAAGACGGCGAAGAAAACACAUACAUUCGCGGUAUGGGAGGAUUUCAAAGUCUUGUGGAGAGCACUUAUGAACUCUGCAGUUUUGAGCUACAAAAGGCGGCUAAUUUGCUGUCGUCGAUGAAUCCUCUUCCGCCGCCAGAGGUGUCACAGACGACUAUCAACAUUGCAUCUCCGCCGCUCUCACAGCUAGUGUCCACCGCGAGCAACGUGUCGUCAACUCUGACCCGUGCGAAUGCAUCUAAAAAGCCGCAGAGGUCAUUGGGAAGUCUGUCCUUUCAUGUCGGUCUAGUGCUGGACUUCGUCUCUACACUCGCACACAGCCUUCCGACGUUCGAGAAGGCCUUCACAGGCCAUAUGACUGCUGAUGCCCGGGCGAGAAAAACGGAAGGGUCCAUCCGGGAGCUGCGAGGGGUGGAAAAAACGCAAAGGCAGCUUUGCGCCGGGUGCUUGCGGCAAGUCAUUGAUGGAAUCAGCACCGUGUCCGCUAAGUACGAUGAAACUGAGGGAACGGCAAGCACCACUGUGCAUGAUAUUUCUUACGACAGCCUUCGCCUGCUCUUGCAAGUGUAUGAAUUCCGCAGUAUUUCCGGACCAGUCCUGCGGGAGCUGGGAAGCGGAAAUUUGAUGCCGGGUACCAACGCACCGCCAAUGCUGAAUGUGGCGCUCAACGGAGUAGAGGAGGAGCAAGCCAACCACAACGUCCUUGUCAAUUACUUGAAUAACAUUGUCGCUACCCUCCUGUCGGCGCUAGAACAGCGCAGCAAAAGCAUUCGCCAACCCAGCACAAGCGCAAUCUUCCUUCUCAACAAUGUUGGAUUCUUGCAGCGAGAGCUGGCAGCUGCACCGGUUUCGCAGAACAACAAUGUUUCGAUGCUCGAAGUAUUGGGUCAAGAUUGCGAUGACAUGCUUUCAGGGACUCUAAGAUCUGCCCACACGGCCUAUUUGGACGCGUGGGGGCCUUGCGUGCAGGCGCUGAUGGAAGAUGUACCACUUGCGGGUGGGACACAAUCGUCCGGCGCUAAGAGCAAAUUGGCGACCUCGCUCGGUGGUGGAAACGACAAGGCGAUCGUCAAAGAUCGACUGGCUAGAUUCUACGAGUGCCUGGAUGAUAUGGAACAGUUGCAUCGCGCUUUCCCAUUCUCAAAGGAGGAUCUGGAAGUCCGCACCAAAUUGCUUCGCGAGGUAUCUCGGAUGAUUUGCCCGCUGUACAACAAGUUCAUUGUCAAGCACCGCCAAUCGGGCUUUUCGCGCGAUCCAUCCAAGCAUAUCAGGAUGACCGAGAAGGAGAUCGCGCUCAAACUCGACGACAUUUUCAGGUGA